CGAGCCCGGCAGCCCGCGGCCCGGCGGGGAGAGAGCCGGGGAGAGCGGCUCCCAACCGCCGCCGCGGCGGCCGUUAGGACAGGCCCCGCCUCUUCCGGGCCCGUCCGGCUGGGCCGCCGCCUCCUCCUCCCUCGCUCGCUCUCCCUUUUGUGAGUUAUAGCAACCGUUGCCUUGUGAAUCAAGCGCCAUAGUCACCGUAGUCCUGGCGACUGUUACCCAUCAACAACAACCGCUCCUCGCCUGCUCCUCCUCCUUCUCCCGCCGCUGCUCCUCACCCCCUUCUUCAUCGUCACCCACAACAACAACAACAACAACAACAGCCGCCUCCGGCAGCGACGACAGCGGGAGCAGCACCACCGCCCGCCGCAGCCCAGAGAUCACAAUGCAGACAUCAGAGACUGGGUCGGAUACAGGUUCAACUGUGACUUUACAGACGUCUGUGGCUGGCCAGGCAGCAGUACCCACACAGGUAGUACAGCAAGUGCCAGUUCAGCAACAGGUACAACAAGUGCAGACUGUGCAACAGGUACAGCAUGUCUACCCAGCACAAGUUCAGUAUGUGGAGGGAAGUGACACAGUCUACACUAAUGGAGCUAUCCGAUCAACAACUUAUCCUUACACAGAAACCCAGAUGUACAGCCAAAACACUGGGGGAAAUUAUUUUGAUACUCAAGGAAGUUCUGCACAGGUGACAACAGUGGUCUCAUCUCAUAGCAUGGUGGGCACUGGAGGUAUUCAGAUGGGUGUCACAGGAGGACAACUCAUUAGCAGCUCAGGAGGGACCUAUCUGAUUGGCAAUUCAAUGGAAAAUUCUGGUCAUUCAGUGACUCAUACAACGCGGGCCUCCCCAGCAACAAUUGAAAUGGCGAUUGAGACACUGCAAAAGUCUGAUGGGCUGUCCACUCACAGAAGCUCUCUUCUCAACAGCCAUCUUCAAUGGCUUCUGGACAACUAUGAAACUGCAGAAGGAGUGAGCCUUCCAAGAAGUACCCUUUACAACCAUUACUUACGACACUGUCAGGAACACAAGUUGGAUCCAGUCAAUGCUGCCUCCUUUGGAAAACUCAUAAGGUCAAUCUUUAUGGGAUUACGGACCAGAAGACUUGGAACUAGGGGGAACUCCAAAUAUCAUUAUUAUGGGAUUCGUGUCAAGCCAGACUCUCCUCUUAAUCGACUGCAAGAGGACAUGCAAUAUAUGGCUAUGAGACAACAACCCAUGCAGCAGAAACAGAGGUAUAAGCCUAUGCAGAAAGUGGAUGGAGUUGCAGAUGGCUUCACAGGAAGUGGUCAACAGACAGGCACAUCUGUUGAACAAACUGUAAUUGCCCAAAGUCAGCAUCAUCAACAGUUUUUAGAUGCAUCUCGAGUACUUCCAGAGUUUGGAGAAGUUGAAAUAUCUUCUCUCCCGGAUGGUACUACCUUUGAGGACAUCAAAUCACUGCAGAGUCUUUACAGAGAGCACUGCGAGGCAAUACUGGAUGUGGUUGUGAAUCUUCAAUUCAGCUUGAUAGAAAAACUGUGGCAAACUUUCUGGCGCUAUUCUCCCUCUGCUCCACCUGAUGGCACUACUAUUACAGAGCCAAGCAAUCUGAGUGAAAUAGAAAGUCGGCUUCCAAAAGCAAAGCUGAUUACCCUGUGCAAGAAUGAGUCUAUUCUGAAAUGGAUGUGUAACUGUGACCAUGUCAUGUACCAGGCUUUGGUGGAGAUUCUCAUUCCUGACGUCCUUAGACCUAUUCCUAGUGCCUUGACCCAAGCCAUUCGCAAUUUUGCAAAAAGCCUUGAAGGUUGGCUUUCAAAUGCCAUGAACAAUAUUCCACAGAGGAUGAUACAAACCAAGGUUGCUGCUGUAAGUGCCUUUGCCCAGACUCUGCGAAGAUACACAUCUCUUAAUCACCUGGCUCAAGCAGCUCGUGCUGUGCUUCAAAAUACUUCUCAAAUCAACCAGAUGCUGAAUGAUCUUAACCGUGUUGAUUUUGCCAAUGUUCAGGAGCAGGCUUCCUGGGUGUGCCAGUGUGAUGACAACAUGGUUCAGAGACUAGAAACAGAUUUCAAGAUGACUCUUCAACAGCAGAGCACUCUGGAGCAGUGGGCUGCUUGGCUUGAUAAUGUGAUGAUGCAAGCACUGAAACCAUAUGAAGGAAGACCCAGCUUUCCUAAAGCAGCACGGCAAUUUCUGCUAAAAUGGUCUUUCUACAGCUCAAUGGUGAUUCGGGAUUUAACCUUGCGCAGUGCUGCUAGCUUUGGCUCUUUUCAUCUGAUCCGCUUGCUUUACGAUGAAUACAUGUUUUACUUAGUAGAACAUCGUGUUGCUCAGGCAACAGGAGAGACGCCUAUUGCAGUUAUGGGAGAGUUUGGUGAUUUAAAUGCUGUGUCCCCUGGAAAUAUGGAUAAAGAUGAGGGCAGUGAAGUUGAAAGUGAAAUAGAUGAAGAGCUGGAUGAAAAUGGAGAGCCACAAGCCAAGAGGGAGAAAACAGAGCUAAACCAGCCGUUCCAGGUGGGCUGCAUGCAGCCAGUGCUUGAGAGUGGAGUACAGCAGAACCUCCUGAACCCAAUUCAUAAUGAGCACAUUGUUGCAACUACUCAGACUAUCAGACAAUGCAGUGCUACUGGAAAUACAUAUACUGCAGUCUAAUAUGAAACAUCCCGCUUGACACACAUCCCAUUACAUAGCCCUUUGGGAUUAGUGAAAGAUAUAAAUUCUGACUGAAAGAUGUAAAGAUCGACUGUUGUCAAAUUUUAGCUGUGCUGAACAUUUAUUUUGUUGGAGUUGUUAAAUGGAAUGGGUGUAUGUAUUUUGCAAGAUCUGUUUAAAAAAAAAAUAUUUUUUUUGUAAACAGGAUCAUUUUACAUAGGCCACUCAAUAUGAAGAGUUUUCUUAGUAUCAAAUGCAAGAAGGAUUUUUUGCAAAGCUUAAUGUUAAUGUUUUUGUCCUCUUAUAAUAAUUUAAUUUUUUCAUAGUUUUUUAAAAGUAUUUUGAUGUUAAUUAUUAGUUAUGGUGAUGAUUUCAUAUACAUAGGUUUGUAAUUAGAUGCACUUCUGUGAAAUAUCAAAUGAAGUAUUUUCUUUGAAUUACACUGUAGGGAAUACUUAUUUGACAGCAGAUGUAUCAAAUUUGUUAUAAAAGGUGCUUUUCAUUGGACAACUAGAAGACACUAUUUUAAUAAAAUUGUGAGCAUUCAGGGGGAUUUUUUUGUACUAACGCUGGAGGGUUGGGAAGAUCUCCUAGUUCCUUUCUGUGAGCAAGAAGUGAGUUUAAAUGACAGAAUUGUAACAGAUUGUGGUAAUGCGUACAUCGUAAUUGUACCUAAUUAUCUGACCAUCACAUAAACAAUGCAACAGUUCAGAUGUUAUUUGCAUAGCAGUUUCUCUGUUUUCUUGAAGACUACUGAUUCUAUAUGUGGGGCCACUGAACAGGUGCUUUUGGCUGUUGAGUGGUACUAUAGUUGUUAGAAACUGAAGCUAAAAAAAUAAGUGACUUGAUGAUGAUGAUGAUGAUUAUUAUUAAUUUUAAGUGUAUGUGCUACUUAUGCUGAACUGGACAUAUAAGAAAACAUUCCAUUUGGAUGACUUUCUUCUAUUCCAGGUCUUUUCCUACUAGUGGUUCAGUCUGCUGCUCUUAGAAAAGAUGAUUUAUAGAAUGCAAGGAAUGUAGCAACCUGCAUCAUUUUCUUUUAAAAAAUAUUUCCUUGUUGUUAAAGUGGAUUUAAAUUUUUACAAAAAUUAGAUAAGGCAGUGUAACUGGCACACCUCACUUGUACUUAUUCCCAAUUGUGUAGAAAUUGAAUAGGUGGCUAGAUGGACCAUUGCCAUUUAAGAAUGUACAUCAGGGAUCAUUGUACCUCGGCUAUUACAUGGUGCCUUAAACAGAACUGAAGCUAAGACUUAAUACUUUUUGUUAUUCUUAACUCUUAAAUUAAUUCUACAAGGUGUGCCUGUCAUUUUCAAAUUCCCUAAGAAGUAAGGACAGGUUACAUAGACUUCAAGAGAAUAAAAGGAUUUUUUUAUUAUUAAAUGAUUUUAAUAUCCCUCUUAGAAUGACAAUAAACCUAUUUUUUCUCAUUUCUAGCUGGAUUUCACUUUAUUAAAAAUAAAAUUUGCUUGGGGAUUUGGAAAGCAAAACUAGCUUUAAUUCCAACUUCAAAUGUCAAAAUAGAUUGACCAUAGUCCCAAGCAAGAUUAUAUAUUUUCUAAACCCUUGCUUACUUUUAAUUUUAAAAACUGAAAAGAAAUAAAUGAGCAGGUACAUAAUGCAGUGCAUGUUUUCAAUUUCUAUAUUUUGUGGGGUAUCAGCCAGAUAUUAUAAUGACAGUUUUUAGAGACUGUAUUAAUUGACAUUAAACAACUCAAAUUUUUCUUAAACAUUUCAUUAUGCAGACACAUGAAUUUGCUACACUGAAACAGUGGAAUUAAAUAAGCAAAAAAGCCAAAAAGUGAAGGAGAGCACAAAAAGAUCAACAUUACAGAAAAGACUGUAUAAAUUAAAUGAAAAUAAGGGGUUCUUUUAUUUUGGGAUAUCUAGUGUGUCUGAAAAUGACUUUAAAGUCAUAUAUACCAAAUGGGAGAAGAGCAUGUAACAUGAACAGCGUAUUUAGCUAACAAGUUUGUUGCUAGAGUUUACUUAUGCUCCAAACACAGCUGCACAUCAACUGAAAUAUCCUAACAUUACUGGUGCACAAAAUUGAAUUUUAAUUCAUUUGCAGAAUUGGGAGGUGAACCCAUCCUGCUCAUUCUGUGUAGGCAUAAUUCCUACUAAUGUCAGUAGAUGGCUUUUGCCUCAGUAAAAAGCGAAAGUGAGGUUUAUAUUCAUUAUUUCUAAUCUCAUAAAUGCACUGAAUCUCACUGAUUUUAGAUUUUGUUCUCACGUAUAUCACUCAGUGUGUCCUGAUUUUUCCUCGGAAAUCAGUACAUCUGUACCCUUCACCAAAAAUGCUAAAACUAAGCUGUGAUAAAUAUUUACUCCCCUUCAUUGUGCAUUAUAAGAUGUUUACAAGUAAAAUAAAGUGAAAUAAUUCAACAUUUUUUUCAUUUUCAUCUUUUUUUAAUACUGUAGUAGUUGUUUCAGUUUUUGUGUUGACAGACCUAUAAUGUUUUCUUAUUAUUGUCCUUUCUUGGUUUAACGUUGGAUUAUUUGUUGCUGAGAAAAGAGUACGAUUGUAAUAGGUAAAUCUAGAUUGCUAAAAAGGUGGGACCUGAGUGUCUUUCAUUAUUUAGCUCCCCACUCCACUCAGUUGUUCAGUGUCACAAAGUGCAAAUCAAAACUGAACAAAAAUCUGAAUACAAAAAUGGAAUGUAUUUCAUACCUUAUGAAAACAUGGAGUUGUCAAAGAUAAUUGGAACUAUUCUAGGCUUAGAAAACUGAGUGGAGUUUGUAUUUCUAUGCUUAAAUUCUAUAAAGAUUAUAUGAGAUUUUUUUUAAAAGAACUGUGUCGCUGUAAGGUGUGUUGUAUCCUUACAGAUUUGGGGAUCUUCUGUUUUGUUUUUACAUUCACUGAGAUUUUAAUCAAACAUUUAGAUAAAACAUUUUGCACACUCCUGCUAUUUAAUAGUUGGGGUUUAGUAAUCAUUAAACUACAGAGAUACAAAUACCUCAGUCCAUAUUCUGUAAUGUGUAGCAUGCGGCUGCAUUGCCAUACCAGCUCUGAAGUCUACUGUUAAUGCUCUGGAGAGGUGUAGCAUGUAUCCACAGGGUAGACAUUAUGAGAGUUGACACGGAUUAUGUGUAUUAUCAAACCUUGACAUGGAAUCCAAAAUAACUAUUUCAGAGGCAAUUCCCCCAUUAGCUCAAGUAAUAGAGUGAACAGUGUGGGGGAGUGGACAUUAUUGAACUACCUUUUCAAAACACAGGGCCCAAUUUUCAAAAGUUUUAUAUUUAUUAAAAUUUGUUGGUACAUUUUCAUCAUUCUCAUGGUAGAUCAGUUUUACAGCUUUUCUGUUUUCAGUUUUUAUUUCUGUGUUUUGCUCUUGUACUGUAGCAUGCUCUAAGCACCUUCUUUUAAAAAUAUUCCAUAAAAAUUUGGAAAAUAGAUUUUAGAUUAUUUACCUAUAAAAUGAUGUUUUACAGCAUUAGUACCUUUAGUUCAAAAGUAAGAAAAUAGAUAAUGUUCUGUCAUUCAGGAAUGUAUAGGUCUAUAUACAUAUUUAAUUUAAAGUGAGGUAUUUUUAAACAUCUAAAACACUUCAUUUGUUCACAUUCCUUUCCCUGGGAGAAAUUAUCUGGUAUCUUUGUCAUUCUCAUCAACUGGCAUCUGCACUGUUUAGGAAAAAAAAAUUAUAUUAGAGAUGCACUGCAAUCCAAUUUACUUCAGAAUAUUUUUACAAAGUAAAAAAAAAAAAGAUAGCCAUAAAAGUGCUGAUGAGAAAUAGAUCUCUUAGUAUUGUAAGUAUACAACAGUAAUUUCAGAGUUUAAAACAUUGGAAAGAGCAGUAUGAAUUUCUGAAAAUUGGGCCCUUGUCUCUCUAACAAGACGUCCUCUUUGUAUAUGGUUUAAAACGAAUAAAUGGAAUUCUAGUAUCUCUGCUAAUUUGUCUGGUGAUUUAAGACAAACAAACAAUAAAAACUGGAAUAGAAGCAUAAACACACAGUGCUUAGCUCUAGUAUUAGAAAAUUAAUUUGAUAUAAUGCCUUGCAUUAACCCUUUGAGCAUUGUAAGUAACUUGAUGGGAACAAAGCUUUUUAGAUAAUUUAAUUAGUCCAUUGAGCAUAUACUUAGCUGAUAAUGUUGUAGGUUGUUUUAAUUAUGUCUAAAGUAAAUACUUGCAUACUAUACAGGAAUGCUUUCUUUAUAGGGAGAGUUGUAGUCAAAAUAUUCACUGCCAUUUAUGUGUACUGUCUAAUAGAAAACAUUAAUUCAGCUCCCUUGUUUUCAUAAUUGCUUAAAUAUAUAAAGAAAAUCAAACAUAUGUUUCUACAGAUAUGAAGUUGUCUGCUUUAGAAGAUAAAGGUUUAGAAAAUAUAUUCAGACUAUCUUGAAAAUCUCCUGAGGUAGGUUAGUAUUGGCAUACUCUGGUAUUGUAAAAGAGAAUCUGUAGAAUUAAAAGAAGGCUUAUUGAAAAAUAAAUUUUGCAGAAUAUUUGGUAUGCUUGCAUUGAAAUUUUUCACAGUUUUUGAUGAACAAAAAGUGCACAUUUAUAUUGACAUUCCUCUUAAAACUCAGUCACUGCAAUAAUGACUAGCUAAAAGAUGAAGGUAUUUUAUUUGUGUUCACCUACAGGAGUAGUUUGGAUGGCCCUUAUUGAAUGUCAGAAUUUUAAAGGCAGUGUAGAAAUUGCACAAGCCUUUUGCCAUUUUAAAAAGUCCGUUUUGUUCUUACAAAUGCUACUAAGAAGAACAAAGGAACAAGUGUAGUAGCAAGUAGAGAUUCUUUGAACACGCAGUAGAAAUGUCACCUUACUAAGUGAGAGUACAAUACAUUUUCUACUGGUUUCUUGCAAUAUCAAUCAGUCAGCAAACACUACGUGCAGCCAUCUAGCUGAGGUCAAAACAUAGAGAGUCUCAUUUUAAGUUAUUUAAUGGAAAUACGUCAGUAGUAUAGUGCAAGUAAGUUGUAAACAUUUUUAGUCAGUUACUGCAUAAUUAUUCAUGCAUAAUUAACAUAAUGCAAUACUCAAAGGGUUUUAUUUAACAACUUUUUAAUUAAUAAUUUACUGUAAAUGCUUCUAAGUUUGCAUGCCUUGAUCAUUGCUGCUAGUGAUUUUACGUGCCAGUAGACCUGAGUUUAAUUUACCAGUUUAACUAAGAAAUAGUAAAAGCCACUUACAAAGUGACUGCCUAGGGUUUGUUUGAAGUAAAGUAUGCCUUAGUUUGAAACUGAUAAUUUUAAAUCUUAUUUUAUUCAGAUUUUUUUUUCCUUUUCCUAUUGAAAAAAUAAAUUAGCAUUUUGGCAUUGGAAGCCCUGAGUAGUUAAAUAUUUGGUAAGAAUCGUAGAUUGCUCAUUAAGGCUGAAAUUCACUGUUGAAAAGAAGGCCCAGAACAAGUCUAUGAGCAUCAAAUGAGCCUCACUUAAAUCUAAAUCAGGAAAAUAUUCUUUAUAUGUUCUUAAGCACUUUCUUGAUUGCGGUGCAAACAUCGUACAGGAGUUUUCAGUUCUGGAUGAAUUUUAAGUGAAGUAAUAGAUGUCUUUGUAAGAGGAAUGACACUUCAGAGGAAGAAUCUUGCAUGGAUUAGUAUUUAGCAGGAACUCAGUUCAAUUCUUUUUGACUUACUGAUACCAGCAAGAGCUUUUUACACAAAGAAUACUUAAAAGGUUCCCCAAAUAAAGUUUCCUUCAAUACAAUAUUAAAGCGAUUGCCUUGUAUUCAAACAUUAAAUAUCCAUCUUAAAUUAACCCAAUUAAGGAAUUUAAAAUGCCACUUUGUACCAAAGCAAGUUGCCCAUCUCCACUCAUCUUCACUGAAAAUUUGGAUUUACAGUUAAUAACCAAUGAGGCUGUUAAAGAAACUUUUGAGUGCCUUUCAAAAACUUGGAAAAUUGUGCCUGAGGUGGUAAACUUUAAUUAGGUUAAUUCUAGAGCUACCAAUCAGUAAUUUUAUCAUCACUCAGGGCUUUCUUACCUUCUAGGAAACUUCCUUUGUUGCAUUUCUUUUAUACUGUAUUUUUUUUUAAGUGCCAUCAUUUAAAUUUCGCUUAGUAAGUGGCAGUUUACAUUAUUCAGUCCCACAGAACGGAAACAUCAUAACACUAGGACAUAUUCAAACUUUUAUUUUCCUGUUGACUGAAAAUAUUAUGUAAAUGAGAUAAGCAACUUUUUGUAGAUCGUAUGUGUGAGAUAAUGUAAUGUUCUUUUCCAGUUUUUGGGCUACAUUUGAAUAUACUUUUUAAUUAUUUAAAGAAGACAUCUUUACAGAAUAACGUGAUGGGUUUUUUUGUAUACUGUAUUUGAUUUUGUAAAUACGUAUUUCCUGAUGUGAUUUUUGUGAGAAAUGCUAAAUCUUUUAGUAUAUCAUGUCCUCUCAAAACUGGCAGGAGCUAAAUAAUAGUUUGUGGGCAAUUUGUAUUGUGUACUGUAAAAUAACUGGGGAACUUUUAUAAUUAUAAAAAUAUAUAUUAACUUUUAGUGUGUUGUUUAAAAAAUGACUGGAACAUACUAAAGACAGUAGGAUUUUUCUGAAUAUUUCAGACUUGAACUCAGGCUAGCUUUCUUGUGUUUUUCAAAACAAAAUUGUGUCUUGUCUUUU